AUGGACCAACCACGUCCGUUAAGGCUACGCCUCUGGAAAGGAGAAGAGAGGAGUGCACAAAGUGUAAAGACUGCAGAAGAAAAUUUGGUAAUUUGGGAUGGGGGCGAGAAGAGCGCCUCAGAACCUGGCCUUCGUAACGGGAACCAUAUGGCUUCCCGAGGCGCUCAGUCGCAGAUCCACCCCAGGAGCCAACAGCCCGUAACUUCUCCCGCAGGCCCAGCGCGGCGCGCUGCUGCCCUCUCACUGCGGGUCCGGGAGGCUCUCUGCCCACCCCAGGGCCCACGGGUGCCCGGCCCCGCCACCCUCCCGCCCCGGCGGGCCGUUCCUAAUCGUUGCCAGCCCCAGCGCCAGCCCGGCCACAUCUGGCUGCGCUUUGCUGUCAUCCUUGCCUCUCCACACCACCUAACCGCCGACAAGAAGAAACAACAAUCGAAGACGUCUCAGGCCAGCCCUCCCCCACCGCCCACUUCCCCAGCACUCGCUCCCAGAGCCCGGCCUCCCCGCUCCACUUCCAGACCCGGACCGGUCCGCAGCCGGGCGGGGCGGUGGGGGCAGGGCCUCAGGCACAUUGUUCGCUCCUGCGGCUCUUACCUUAGUCUGCAAGCGCGCUCCGGGGUCGGACCGUCUGGUGCAGGGGCCGCGCCGGGAGAGGCGCAAAGCGCAGCAGCGACCCGGCCGGCCAGGACCGCGGCCAGCCGCGAGCGGGUCGCCAGCCACGGGGUCCGCACGGAGGCAGCGCCGCGGCUCGGAGCGUCCUCCUGCUCGGCCGCCGCUGCCGCCUCCUCCAGCCAAGCAGCCAGCGCCGGGCGGCUCCAGAGGUUAGGUCAACAUUUUCCCGCAGUUUGGCACACGCUGCUCCGCGAGAGGGAUCUUUGGCACAAGCACACCACCACCCCCCGAUCGCACGCUCCCUUGGAAAAAUUAAAAAUUCGGGAAUCGCAGCGAAAGGGGUGGCGCAGGCAAAAGCCCGACAGAGGUGCGCAGACUUGGGAGUCCCCGAGGAGCCGCAGACGCGGGAGGGGAGGGCAGACGCCGGCGGCGCGCGGCCAACUCAGUUUGUCCCGCGAAGCCCCUCACCGCCGGCCGGCCGCACCGGCCCAACUGACAUCCCCGGCGCAGACCCUGCGGCCUGGGACGAGAGGCGGCGGCGGCCCUUCCUCACAUUUCGGUUCUCGGGCCGAGGCUGAGCAGUGGCUACUGCCCCACGAAAGGCUGAAGGCGAGAACUCGGGCUCGGGGAAACGGGGAGGUGCACGGAACAGCCACGUCACGCACACGAACGGAGGGGAGAUGCCCCUCAACAAGCCCGAGGAAUUCUCCGCAAGGGGCUCAGGCAAACUCAGAAGAAGAUUACAGGCAGCUAAGUACAAAACGUGGAGCAGAUAAUCUAUAACUCAUUGCCGCCCAAUGGCCAUUUUCCACUCCAUUUGAGCAGCUGCGACGGCGGUGCGCCCAAGCAGGGGGAGGGGAGCUAAAGGGGACACUUACGAGC